AUGAUGAACGUGUCCGAGUUUCUCAAGGAGUUCAAGAAGGCGCGCAAAGAAUCUGCCGUUGCCACGGGUGCUGCUCCUGCUGCUGCCGAGGGCCGCGACGAUGGCGCCUUUAUUAUUCCCGCUGCACCGAGGGAGGCGAUGACGCGUCAGACAAAGCUUUCGCAUGACCACUCGGCUGACAGUCAGCAGGGUGACGAUGAAGGUGACGAUGAUGACGACAGCUAUGCCGAUGAACCUCCCCCAUUUGCGCUGCUGGGCACCAAGCGACAGAGGUACGACACACUCUGGCAGCGCAAAGAGGUGAGGACUGGUUUGCGUGCAAAUGAUACAGAGGUAAGGACGUACAAAACCAACCUUGCGACGCCAGGAGACAGUAGCUUGGCCUUGGCGGCGCGGCGAAGAGCAGUAGGAUUUUCUUCGUCACGUGUAAUACCAAGGCGCAUUGACGCUUCAGUGGUGAACGCGUUGCGCGACGAACUUUUGCGGAAGAAGAAAUCCCUUAGCCACUCAGAGAAAAUAGAAAGGCCUGAGGAAUGCUCAUCUUUGGAUGCUCCUGCAGGGAGUUCGACAGGUGUGAGCGUAGAGGCGUUUCUUCUUGAUGUGGACGAUUUUCUUGCCACUGAGGACUUGUGCACCAAAACGACUCCUGCUGUUCACGAGGUGGGGAAAAGCGACCCGAUUAAUUCUCCGAAACACUCCGAUCCCGAGCCGCACACAACAACAACACCAGCACGUAUUACAUCAGAAUCACCGUGUUGCGCCAAGAAAGCAACGAAUAUUGCUUCAAAAUCCACCAAAAUGAGUAUGUUUGCCAGAGCGAAGCUUUGCUCUGGCGGUUCUGGGUCGCUGAAAACUACAGAGGGAGAGGCACUCGAGACGAGAAAGUUUCCCAAGCAAUAA